AGGCAUCACUGCAUAUUUUAGUGCGGGGCUGUCAGCCCUCACCCUAGUCAACGCCACCAUCUCCAUUCUCCGUGCUCCGAUCCUCGCAAUGCAUUUUCGACGAAUUAUCUCAAUUGUGAUUGUCAAUGAUUUACAAUCUUUUAAAUUUUUUGUCCCGAUAAUCUUCGAAUCUAUUUACGCAUCUCCGAUAUUUAGAUAAUAUCAUUCUACUCUUUUUACUUACAAUCGAAAGGUCGAAUAUCGUAUAUCUAUCAUACAUAAGAACUCCAUUCCGAAAUAAAAGAGCGGCGCAUCCAGCGUUCGCAAAGUCACCAAGAAUCAUGAGCGCAAUUCUCUCCGCAGACGAUUUAAACGAUUUUAUAUCCCCCGGAGUCGCAUGUAUAAAACCCGUCGAAACCUUACCAGCUUCAAAACCUUCUGCGGAUAAUGUAUGUAUAUUCAUAUUCAUUCUUUCCCUAUCAUCCUGUCCUAACACCUUCGUCAGGAACUCGAAAUAUCCUUCAAUACCGAUGCCCCUCUUCCUUCCGAUUUACCCCCCGCCCAGAUAUCACUCACAGAUUGUCUCGCAUGUUCAGGAUGCGUCACUUCUGCGGAAGCUGUCCUUGUAUCUUUACAAUCGCAUGCCGAAGUAUUAUCACAGUUAGAUUCAGCACCAGGUCUACGCCUAUAUAAAAAUGCGACGGGGACAGGUAUAAAUGUGGAAGGACUAGAACAAGGAGGGAACAUUUAUGUCGCGAGUGUCAGUCCGCAAUCACGAGCGAGUAUUGCUGCUACCUUUGGAGUUACCGAACGAGAAGCAGGCUAUAUGAUUGAACAUCUACUUAGGGGACCAAAAGGAAUAAAGAACAAGGCGGUUUAUAGGAAUGCAUUUCAAUGGGUUGUGGAUACGAAUAUCACAAGAGAGGCAUGUUUAGUACUCGGAGCUGAGGAAGUAAUAGCGUCUAUGAAAGACGCCGGAUCUAAGAAACCAAUCCUGACAUCUUCUUGUCCUGGAUGGGUAUGCUACGCCGAAAAGACACAUCCACACGUUUUACCUCAUUUAUCACGGAUUAAAUCACCACAAGCAUUGAUGGGAACUCUUAUAAAGACGACUUUGAGUCGAAAACUUGGUAUUUCACCUGAUAGGAUAUGGCAUGUAGCGGUUAUGCCAUGUUUUGAUAAAAAGCUGGAGGCUAGUCGAGAGGAAUUGACCGACGCGGUUUGGGAAGGAACAGGAACUAGGGGCGUUAGAGAUGUCGAUUCUGUCAUUACCAGCAAGGAGUUACUCAUGCUCGCAGAUUCCAGGCGCAUCGACUUUUCCAAAUUACCUCGGACUCCAAUGCCUACAUCCUCACGCAUACCAUUCCCAGAUCUAAAAAUAGACUCUUUUCUCUUCCCAUCUAAUCGCAGAAGUAGCAGCAACGGUAACCGCGACGCUGGUACUUCCGGUGGGAAUCUUCAUUAUGCCCUCCAUUAUUUUGCAUCCCAGCAUAAAGGAUCAUCCAUCCAAACGAUUAAAGGUCGAAACGUAGAUGUUGUGGAUUAUACUGUUGUCGCAGAUAACGGUGAGAUAUUGUUAAAGGCGGCUAGAUAUUAUGGAUUCCGAAAUAUUCAAAAUCUUGUCCGACGACUUAAGCCAGCAAAGCCGUCUCGAAUGCCUGGUGGUAAACCUAUCGGAAGCGCUAGGCGGCCAAAUGGUAAAGCUUCCGGUCCCGAUUAUAGCUAUGUCGAAGUUAUGGCAUGUCCAGGUGGCUGUACCAACGGAGGUGGUCAGAUCAAGCUUGAUGAUCCAAUAAAUACUAGCCGGUUGGAAGGUGAUACGAAAGCCGGUCCACAAGAACAGAAAAUGUGGCUGGCCCAAGUUGACGAGGCAUACUUCUCUGGAGAAGAUAAUGUGGAGUCAUCGAGUGUUGAUGACCGUAAUGAUUUAGUUGAAGGGAUCUCACCAUCAUACAUCAAAGAUACCCUAUCGCAUUGGGCGACAACCACCGGCCUAGAUCUCGAAAGAUUGGUGUAUACGACAUAUAGGGAAGUUGUCAGUGAUGUCGGCAAAAAUGCUGGGGAUGCCGAAAGAGUAAUAGAAAUCGCCGGCAAAAUUGGCGGAGGUUGGUAGUUGAUGACUCUAGAGCAGAAAAUCAACUCAUUUUACCACCUCGAUUUGCGAACCCAA